UUGUUAGUCAUUUUUGUGAUACAGUACCAGUAAUCAUCGGUAAACACUGCGAUAGAGGCGUCCUUUAAAUGUGAACCAAAUUACGAAAUCAUGCUUUCGAUGGCGGAAUGCAAGUGAGAAUUCCCUGGUUGAGAGUUGCGUGUGGGUAAAUGUUCCUGGAAACUUCAUGAAGGCAUCGAUUCUGUGAUCAACCCCGUAUUACGUAUACAUCAGUCCGGAGAACAGGCGCAUAUCUCACGGUUUCUGACAACAUGUCGACGACUACUGCGCGGGAUACAAGAUCCAGUGUUCCACCACGGGGAACGAUCGACGGGGUGGACAAACGGAUGGACCAGCUGCUGCGGAGCGGAGACCUGUCCGAUGUGCACUUUUUAGUGGGGCGAAAUUAUGAGCUUAUCAAGGCUCACAAGUUGGUGCUGAGCAGCGGUAGUGAUCUGUUUCACGCAAUGCUCAAUGGGCCCGGCAGACUGCAUGAGUUGCCUGGCCACGCGAUUGUGGUUCCGGACAUUCCUCCUCUAGCUUUCAAAAAUAUGCUGCAAUACCUGUACACCAACGAGAAGCGUCUCACUGUGGAAAAUGUGUUUCCGACGCUGAAGUGCGCCGACCAGUACCAAGUGCAGCAGCUGGCCGACCACUGCGUGGACUUUAUCCUCACGGAUCUCCACCGCGGCCCCGACAACUGUUUCCGAUAUAUAGAAGACGCGGUAUCGUAUGGCGUUAAGCAUGAAAAUAUCGUGGAGAAUUGUCUGCACUUCGUGGAUAUACGCUGUAAGGACCUCCUCCAGUCGGAACACUUCGCUAAAUUGGAAUACGGUCCGCUGACCCUGAUUUUGAAGCGUGACACUUUGUUUAUGGACGAGACGCUCAUUUGCGCGGCUGUCAAUCGGUGGGCGGUGGCUGUUUGUGCGCGGAGAAAGAUGGAACCUUCGUCUGCUAACCGUCUCCAGGUCCUGGGAAAACUGUUGUAUCUGAUACGAUUCCCAGUGAUGACGAACCAAGAAAUUGCUGACUUGCCUGCGGAGUUCCGAUGGUUGGAGGCAGCAGCAACGAAGGAGAUGCAGAAAAAUCGCUUUCCCAAACAGCAGCCCCGGCGCGCCCCGGUCAUCCGUGUCGGUGAUGUAGAAUUCCGUCAUAAUGAAGAAGUCUUCGUGAAACGAGAUGACAAAUGGCAUCCUGCUGUGGUGAUCGGAACACGUGGAUCGGCGGUCGUCCUAAUGUGUAAUGAAAGCAUCCAGAAGGUCGUCCCGGAGAAUAUCGUUUGCGCGGCGGAUAUCCUUACAGCCAAUCUGCUGGUUCUUCAUCCCGAUCCUGGCUUUGUGGACCUCUACAAGGAUUGCAAGUAUGUGAGGUUGGAAGGGGGCUAUCAUAUCACUAAAUUCCGCAACGGCAGGGAGCAAAAAGUCAAGUUCAGUCAGAUUUUUAUUCCACAUUCCCGAGUGGAAGCGUGGAGGAAAGGCAAGGAAAAGAGUGGCAACGGUAGUACGAGGAAACGUUCAUUGGACGUCGCUGGACUGAUGUGAACUGUUGACUGUGGCUCUGUUUGGAUGCGUGGAGAAAGCCUCAGAAAGGAUACUGACGAGGGAGCGAAUGGGAAGAGUACGGGUAUCCACAAGAAAAGGUCUCUUUACUGGUGACUUAGCGCAGCUGGUGCAUAUUAUCUUGUACUUCAUAGUUGACCGUAUAGGUUUUUGUACAGUACUGUUGUUAAAGUUUUAACCUGGCGAGAUUCGCUACACUUUUUGUUACCAGUGUGAGAAAUUUUUUGGUAUAAGUCAGAAUGCAAAACGAUGUGUACAUAAGUUCAAAAAAUGUACAGUUAGGUUGACAAUCAU